AAUUACGAGGUCACGGGAAGGCAGCAAGAGGGACAGUCAGGGGAACAGAGCUUAAGAGUGACGGGUCCCGUAUCAUCUUCACGCUCUGUGAACAUAUAUUUUGCAAUGGAUUCACAGUCUCCGUUAAAACCAUGGGAAAGGCGGACUCCAGGGGCAAUUAGUGCACCUAUAAAUUACAGGUCUGCAAACAUUGGACAAUAUGCUGGCCCCUCUUCAUCUGCGGGCCCUCCUGUUUUGACCAGGAUGGCGCCCCCAGUUCCCCCUCGUCCGGUCCAGCAGGCCUACCGUCCAUCCUACAGCUCAUUCACCUCCUCUUACAGCCCCUAUGGGAGCUCCAUCUACGGAGGUUACAGUCCUUACAGCUAUGGUGGUGGCUACGGCCUGGGAUACAACCGCCUCUCCCACAUGGAAGAAAUUUCCCCCAGCCGGUUUGUUCAACAGGCUGAGGAGAGCAGUCGUGGUGCCUUCCAGUCCAUUGAGAGCAUUGUCCAGGCCUUUGCCUCUGUUAGUAUGAUGCUGGACGCCACAUUUUCAGCAGUGUAUAACAGUUUCCGAGCUGUGCUGGAUGUUGCCAACCACCUAACGCGGCUGCGUGCACACCUCACCCGAGUUCUGUCAGCCUUUGCUCUGGUGCGCACGUUGCGCUACCUUUACCGACGGUUACAGAGGCUGCUGGGCCGAAGGUCAGACUCUGAGGUUGAGGAUUUGUGGGCAGAUAGUGCAAGUGAUGCCCUGGCUACAAGCGCAUCCAGAGGGGAUGGAGGAGGGAUGGAGGAGCAGACCGUGAAGUCCUGGCCAAUCUUGCUGUUUUUUGCUGUUGUCCUGGGGGGACCCUACCUUAUCUGGAAACUGCUGAGCUCCAGUCCUGGUUCUGAAGAUAGUGCCACUAACUGGGCUAGCGGAGAGGAUGACCAUGUAGUAGCCAGAGCAGAGUAUGACUUUUCAGCUGCAUCAGAGGAGGAGAUUUCCCUUCGCACUGGAGACAUGAUUAACCUCGCUCCGAAAGAGCAACAACCCAGGGUUCGAGGCUGGCUGCUGGCAAGUGUGGAUGGUCAAACCACAGGACUUGUCCCAGCCAACUAUGUAAAGGUCCUUGGCAAGAGGAGAGGCCGUAAGCAUACGGAGAUGGAGAGGCUUGCCGAUGUCCAGCAAAGCAACACACAGGCCUCCCAAACAUCCCUCGCUGCACACCCACAGUCAGAUCCUGCCCAAGGUCCAUCCUCCACAUCAGCUUCCACGGAGGAACUGCUAGAGGCAGUGUACACAGAAACACCCGCUUCCUUCAGUGUGGGAACAGCUAGCUCCAGUUUGCCCUCUAACACAAUGCUAAACAUCCCUGAGAAGAUUGACUUGUAAUGCUUGUGCAUGUAUGCAGAUCUCUGUGUGCUCAUAACAUUGGUUUGCUCAGCCAGUGCUGGUUUGCAGCAUUUAACUUUGAUGCUUGGCUAAUUGGCUGACAAUAGGUAUUUGGGGAGACACCAUGAAGCUCAUUCAGAAUUGCUCAAAGUAGUUUCCUUGCUCAUCUGUCAUGAUUCAAACCAUCAAACACAAUCUGGGCCUUCUGGAAAGAUUGGUGAUCAAAAAAUGGUUUGCAUACACAGGCUCUCUAUUGUGCUGCUCUGUUUAGAACCAGUGUGUCUUAUAUUAGGAGGUUAUCUUUACAUUUUAUUAGUCAGAGCUUGUACAACAAAGAAAGUUCUGUGUAUUAUCUGUUUAUGGUACACUGCUGUUCUUAAGAUUAUGUGCGAUUGUAAGAUGUAAUGUCUUGAUAUUGUUCAAUAAGAGAAAUUAGUUCAUUGUUUGAAUUAAUGAGGUGCACUGAUACAUGCUCUGUGUAAUGACAGCGUCAGGACAAAGUCAGGGCAUCUAGUUUGACAGUAUAAUUAUGUCACCUUGUACUUGGUUUUUGCCUUUACUUGCAGGCUGCUUGGUCCUUGUAAGUAAUAAGAGAAGGGGCUAAAUUUGCACAUUUUCAACAGUUAGUCACAGAAAGUAAUUUUGUAAAUAUUUAAUAUAAUUAUUUUGAAAAUAAAACAUAAAAAAAAUCA